AUGCAUCCCAAGGCUAACGUUGAUCGCAAACCGAGCGGUUUUGGGCUACGCUUUGCUUCGGUGUCGGGCAAAACGCCAUGUGCUGCGACUUCUUCCUCGACUCCCAGAAAGAGUUCUCAUCUUGGUCUCCGCAAGCCGGCAGCCGAAGCGCCCGGUUACGAACCCACCACCCAGGAGCCGGAAACCAGUCGACAAAAUCGUGACGAUCCCUACCACCCUAGCACGAAGGCUACAGCCACGACCGAGGCUCCAGAGGUCGAGGAAUACACCACCACCGAGGCCCCGGCUACCGAGAACUACCCGAGUACUGAGGCGCCGGUGAACGAGAACUACCCAAGUACCGAAGCCCAGAGAACCAAGACUACCCCACCACCGAGGCCCCGGCCAACGAGCACUACCCGACCACCGAGGCUCCGGUCAAGCAACACUACCCCAGCACUGAGGCGCCAGCGACCGAGGACUACCCGGCCACCGAGUACCGAGGCGCCAGUUAGGGGAGACUACCCGACUACUGAGGCCCCGGCCAACGAAAACCACUCGAGUAGCGAGGCGCCGAUGAGACAACACUACCCGAGUACCGAAGCGCCGGAGGUCAGCCCCUACCAACCUCAGACGGAUGCUCCUGGUACUCGUGGCCGCCUGAGCGGCGAGUCUGGCCGCAAUGACAACGGCUAUCAGCGCCUCCACGUUCGCUCCGCUGAUCGAUGUGGUGACUAUUCCACGCCGGAGUCGACGAACAAACCGUCUUGGUGGGGAUGGUUGUUUUAG